GUGUGGCACUGCGGCUCCUGGGGCUGUUGAAGGAGCAUGCCGGGCCGUGCCCUCCAGCAGCGCAGGGCACCGUGCUCCCGAGGCCGCAGCUCCCCGGGAUAGCUGCCAUGGAGAUGCCCAUGGAGAAGGGCCAGCUCGGCCCUCAGCCGUCCAAGAGACACCUGCUGAAGGAUGAGGCUGGAGGGACAGGCGGGGAUGGGGCCGGCACCGGCCCGAGGCAGCCGUCUCCAUCCCACACCUCCCGCGUCUCUUUCUCCUCUCGCCUCCAGCAGAGCUCCAGGAGCCGUCCCAGCUCGGCCAGGCUGCUGCGGGGACAGCGCUCCGCCGUGCCCAGCCCCGCGCCGCUGCCGCCGCCGGCCAACACCGCGGCCCGCGGGCAGUGCCGGCGCCUCAGGAGCUGCGUGGCUUGCUCGGGCAAGGUCACGCCGGACAACUUCUCGACAGUGCCCUCCACACCUUCCACGCCUGCCUCGACUGAGACAGAACCGCCUUUGGUCCACCAGCUCACCCAGACAGAGCCCGAGACAUCAGAGCAGCCGUGUGCUCCUGAACGCGUGGAUCGAGACAUCCAGACCGAGAGCCCGGGCCGUGAGCGGCGGAUUUCCCACGUCCGGCUGUUCAUGGACCGGGAGACGCAGACACAGUCCCCGGCGAUGCUCCCCAGCGCGGCCUCGGCCGCCCGCGAGGAGCCCCCGCGCCCCCGGCAGCGGCACUCCCUGUUCCGCAGGCUGCUCCGGGCGUGCCGCUGCUCCUGCACCGGGGCACAGCCCGAGCAGCUCGGGGCCAGCCCCGGCCCCAAAACGCCACAGCAUCCCCAGGGAGCGGCACAGGGACACACGGCGGGGAUCAGGGUUUUGAUGGUGAUCCAGGAAUCCACCGAGGGCACCCAGUGGUCUCCGUACUCCUCGUGGCCGUGGCUUGUUGAGACCAGUCUGUGAUUUUUCCGCGGACCCCAAAUAAAGAAUUCCUCAGCUAAUGGUA